GUUAUGUGCUAUUAAGGUUUUUGUUUCUGUUGUUUGACACGGUUAUCGGUUAUAGCGGCGCCUCGAUGCUUCCAGCCCUGGUUGCAAAUAAACAAAUCUAAAACAAAUCAACAAACUUUUGCAUAAAAUGUCGUUCCAUUUGAGCACAAAAGAGCGGUUACUUUUGUUAAUUGAUGACAUCGAAAUGAUUGCCAAAGAGCUUAUUGAGCAGGCACAUCAGAAAAUAUCUAGCAACGAGUUAGUGGAUUUGUUAGACCUGCUAGUCUCCAAAGAUGAGGAAUUUCGCAAAAUGUUAGAACUGGCCGAGGAGCAAGCCAAAGUGGAAGAGUCAAUGGAUAAACUAAGAGCUAAAGUGGAGGUGCACGACCGGGAAAUACAAAAACUACAAAAGUCUCUAAAAGAUGCCGAACUCAUUCUUUCCACGGCAAUAUUCCAGGCACGGCAAAAACUGGCUAGCAUCAAUCAGGCCAACAAACGACCUGUAUCAUCAGAGGAAUUGAUCAAAUAUGCCCAUCGCAUUAGUUCGGCAAACGCUGUUAGUGCUCCGUUGACAUGGUGCAUUGGCGAUCUACGACGACCAUAUCCCACAGACAUUGAGAUGCGAAAUGGACUGUUGGGCAAAUCCGAGCAGAAUCUCAAUGGUAGUGGACCCAUGACACAUCAAAAUAGUGGCUUAACCACUGACCAGCGUAGUUUGGGGAGUGGUAGUGGGAGCGGCAGCGGCAGUGGCGGAGGUGGUGGUGGUAGUAGCGGGGGCGGCGGCAGUGGAGAGGUACCCAACGCGUUUCAAAAUCAAUUUAAUUGGAAUCUGGGUGAACUGCAUAUGAUGGGCGCGUCAGGCGGUUCAGUGGCAUUGGAGACACGCGCUCAAGAUGAUGUAGAAGUAAUGUCCACAGAUAGUUCGAGUUCCAGUUCAAGUGAUUCGCAAUAAAUCUGAUAAUUUGUAGCUUAACUUUAGUUAACAAUAAAAAUAAGUAGUUCAUAAGCUAAAA